UGCGGCUCCAAAGCCGGUAAAAAUGGCGGGGUCGACUUACAGCGAGGACCGCUACUAUGCAAAGAUAGCGUCUAUUCAGCAAAACAUGCAUAAAAGUGAGAAGCACAGACUGGAGCUGGAGAGGGAGCUGUUUGCUUACUCCAGAUCAGAUGCAAGAAUCUUGCAGAUAAAGUGUUCCAAACUGCGCAGCUAUCUCAAAGAAAUCUGUGGCAGGGAAGCACGAGCGAAAAUGAGAAACCUUCAGCUUAAGAGAGAUGUGGAGUGCAUGGAAAUUAGCAUGAAGGAGUACAGUUCUGACCAUGGGCCCCUGCAACAACAAAAGGCUGACUUCUUAGAAAAGAUUUCCAGAUUCACUGAAGCGAGCAGCAAGACAGAGGAGCUGGAAGCAGCAAAGAUUAAAGCCGUGCAAAGACGACAGUGGGACAACAGCAAGAACUUUAAGCAAGUGGAAAUUUUUAUGGACCGCCAGACCUCCAGGGGCUAUGAUGCCGAAGCUGGCACCACAAGUGUACACUCACACCAAGCAGUGCAGCGAUCGCCCAAUCGCAGCGUUCAGCCGUGCGAACGUCUACCGAGUGGCCUUUUGAAGGACUUCAGAGUUGGCGGAGAGGAUGCCGCCAGUAAGCGAGCGCAUUUAUCAGAUGACAUUUCAAGCUCAAACGAUUCCCCUGACGGCUGUAAUUUGAGUGACAAACAUGAAAGAGUGUCGGGGCUGCUCCCAUCUGCUCGCGCCUCAACAGCGGCAGCUGGUUGUGUGGCUUCUGCAAGUGAUGAUGAACGAGAAGCUUCACCUCUGGUGACCUUGACGAGGUCUGAGAAGAAUCCAUUUCCCGGCAACGGUAACCCUGCGAUGGCUAAGAAUCCCGCUGCAGAACCCACUGACUCCCAAGAGGUGGCUCGCAAGCCUCUCAUAAUGGGAGAUGAAGAGAGAGGUCUUAGCCAUUUGAAGCCUGAAACCACUUUCAGAAAAGGAGCUCAAGAGACAUCAGGAAAAUGUGAGAGUGUUGGAGAAUCAUGCUCAGAUGUGCAGUUGUCAGAGAGCAGUUCCAGUGACCUGACAAUUUCUUUGACACAAUCGGAGCUCGAGGAGGAUUUACCAGUGGAGGCAGCAUCAGAGAGAAAUACCUCUUGCAGAGGAAGUGGUGAUCACAAACAGCAUCGUCCUGAUUCAUCCCCCCACUCUGAUGAGUCUAAGAACACAGAGCGGUUAAACGGUGAAUCCUCAACACCGGGGGUGACUUUGAAAAGCCUCUCCCUGGAAGGACUCUUUAAUCUGCUAGACAGCAUCGAAGGGCGACUCCACGGCGAGCAGAGCCACGUGUACAGAGAUUCCUCAAUAGAUGGGAGACAACUCAAUAGGAUUAUCAGCCUUUGUGACGAUGGCGCGGGCUUGAUUGACGAGGACCUUGAAGCAUGUGGAACUGUCGUCCUUCAUGAGCUUCGGAGGUUGUCAUGGAGCACGGAGAAGGGCUGCGUCCUACCAGAGGAGCUGGUGAGAGCGCAUCAGCCUAAUGAAAUAAGCACCAGCCUCCCUCCCAAUGCGGCUCGGCUGUGGGAUCGCUGGUUCAAGCACGCCCUUGUGCUCAAGGAGAGCCGUGUCCUCAGCACUGAGCGCCUGGUCCAACUGUUUACGCCGCUUCUGCUGGAGCGUGAUGCCGACUACAGCCAGCAGGCCAAAGUGUUGCUGAGGGCACUUCUCUCCCGGUCCAGUGAGGAGGGCCCCUCAGCAGAGGAUGAGAGUGACUCUUCUUCUUUGUGCAAUAAUUCCUCCGCCUUGGCGGACGCAGACGUGGAGCCCUCCCGAUCGGUACACACGCAACACAUCCAAGAACUACAAAGCACUGAAGAGGACAGCCAGGACAAAAGCCUGGUGGAAAGUGGUCCUAUUAGAGAGACAAAAGCAUAUCAGUUACUUAAACAGUCAGCCAUGCAGAAAAGACUGCCGAGUUCUGAAGAGGAGGAGGAGGAAAGCAGCUUUUCGGGAAUAAAUCAUGGCCAUGAAGAGGACCUGGGGAGGGCCAAACGCUCCUCACAUCAAGACCCUUACCCUCGGAAAGGAAGUUCAAAGGUUCAUUCUGCUUUGCAAACAAAAGACUUUUGGCAGGAAUCUGAUGACAGCGACUUCGAGAUUGAAGCGGCCCUACGUCCUCCGACUUUCAGCGCAAGCAGUGAUGGCACCCAUGACUUUUAUCAUUGAUGUUUCUGCAAUGCUCCGUAUUAUAUCAGUGCGAGACACAUGGCAGAUCGGCUCUUAGUUAUUCACCCCCUGACCAUACUUUUAUUGGUCUGCAUUCUAAAUCAUAUGCACAGCAUAUUGUAAAAACAAAUAAUAAAGUUGACAGCUCUCACGCUGGAUAAAGUAUGUGAAGAGUUGUCCAACGCUCUGAUGUUAACCCCGCUUCAGUCUCUUUAUCUGAACAACUCUCCCGGCUCAUAAUAACAGCUCGAAAUAGAUUAAACUGAUCUUUUAAAGUGAUUUGUUUGCACUGGGCUGAAAAUCCUGCAUUUCGAAUGCUGCAAGCAUCUCAGAGUGCUCUACUUGCUGCAAGCUGGAGUGUAGUGAUGUGAGUCACCUGUGAAACGACAAAGCACAAUGGCCACUCUGCUCGCUCCGGUGUGACCCGUGAACCCGCUGAAGAGGCUCAUCUCUCAGGGCACAAAGUGUAGCAGCGCUAGCAAACUCAGAACAUUUAGAGACCCCAACAAAUGCUCUAAACAUUUUCUUAGGGCCGGAACAGAUUUGUGAACUGAAAGUACAAAGAUGUGGUUAAAACCUCUCUCUUUUAGUGUGCUAAUGACUCAUAAGUAGCUGAAAUUAUGCUUAUAUUGCAAAAUAGUCUUCUGUAAUUUAGGAUUUUCCCGCACAUUGAACACCCUGUGUCUAUUAUUAACUGUGUGGGAGGCUACAUUCCAAGGUUUACAUUUAUAGUUCAUUAUUUCUGCCGUGUAAAAUUUCCAAGCUGAGAUGUGGUAAAAGCCCCCUGGCACACAGUGUCAGCAGGAUUCCAUUAGUCAGCUUUUGGUGACUUUAUAUGCCUGAACCUUUCAAAGUAGGACUCCACAUUCAUUACCAAUAAUGGCUUCAGUCGGCCCUGACCCAGCACAGGAAAGGGAAUGGGGCAGAGCAAUUUACAGUUUGCUAAAAGGUUCCCUAACAUAAUAUCCAGUUAAGGAGCAUGUCAACAGAUACUUGUGUGCGACUGAUGGCUCAUGGUGAAAGUGGAGUUAUAUUGUACUAAUGUGUACUAACAGGAAUAUUUUUUAUGAAGAUCUUCUUUGAGUCUGUGCCACUGAGACAAUUGGGAUGCUAUUCAUAUCAUUUCUUUCACUCUGUUAUUGGCGCAAGUACGUGUUGCAGUUAAAAAUGGGAUUUCAGACUCAGGUUGUCAAUGGAUGGAGCUCGUCUCUUAUGCUUGUUUGGUUUUAUCAAAGCAGCUCAUGUUUUUCAUUGACAUUUUUACCUACAUUGCCACUCUGAGGUUUACAUACAUUCAUUGUUGCCAUUAAUGCUUUUAACGUGGGACCUUAAAUGAUUCGAACUGUCCCUUUAUAAGGUGCAAUAAUAUAAUGUAAUAUUGCUUCAGUUAAUUUUAAAACUAUCAAUUUGAUGCACAGGCUUGAGUUUAUUUGGAAUUUUACCUAAACGUGGGUCAAAAUCAUAAGGACAAGCUCAACUAUAUGCAGGCACAGACCUGACUUUAAAGCUAGAUACUUCAUACAUUUAAGUCUUGUUCAGGUUGAGGCCAAACGAGAAGCUUAAUGUUGCUUUUUUAAAGCAACGAUUCUGUCCAUGUUUAAUUCAUACAACCCAAACUGCCACCAUCAAAUGAGAUACAAGAAAAAAAACUUAUCAAAAUGCUUUUUAGCCAGCUGCUGGAUAGAAAAUCUUGGAUAAAAUUGGUUGUGGUAUCAGUGCAGUGAUCCCAAAAAAACAGGAUUUCCCCCCCAAACUGGUGUUGGAAUGAUUAAAGCAGACUGAAAAUACCCUGACUUCAAAUCAAUCAAAAAUAUCAAAGCACUAAAUCUAAAAGCCUUUUAAACCAAGCUAUGUUCUUUUUAAUAGGAACAGUGUUUAAAUGUCCAGUCGCCAAGUUCAUUGGUGAGAACAAAACGUUAUUUGUUUUUUUAGCAAUUUGAGAAGGGUAUGUUCAAGCAUGCAUAUACAAUUUUGACUCUGUGGAUUUGAGAAAUUCUGCCCCAAGGCUGAAAUUGAAGUUGAAGGCUACAUAAAUGUGUAAUUGUUCCAAAAA